UUCGCGACCGUUGAAUAUCCCUUGAUGCAGCAUCCGACCAGAUGCCGAGCAGUCAGUCGUAUUCGGUGUCUUGCCCGGUGCGGACGUGAAUCUUGAGUUCUUCUACCGGGGUUGGUCUGUCUUCUCAGAGCCUACAUCCCAGGCAGUCAUUGGCUGUCCUGGAAAUCCACCUCUUUCCUCUGUGUACGUGUUUGGUGCAAAGAGAUUAUGAAUGAAGGCAAUAAUAAUGGUGUCCGUUUGCUGAUAGUGUGCUAAGACAAGCGUGUGCGAUAGAGCAUCGGACCCGCGAGACCCACACAAGAACCUGGAUCCGUGCGCUGGAGGACGCACACGGUGUGUUGUCGGUGGUGCCCGUUGAUAAGGUUCCGCUUCGGUAACGCCCGACGACGUAGAGAUUGAAAGUGAUUUAGUGAGAAAAACACUGAUUGGAAGUGUGUGCUCUCUUGUGUGUAGGUGAUUGUGUGUAAAAACCGGUCGAUUAUCUCCGUAUGUUUCCCAAACGGAUUUAACCGCGUUUGUCUUGGCAAGUCUUAACCUUCCAAGACAAGAUACUUCCAAGUGUAAAGUGCACUCCGUUCCGUUUCGGUGUGAACCAACAAAAUGUCUGUCAGAAGUGAGGUAUUGCAAGGGUUAGUAGUGUACGCGGUGUUACUACUACUACCCUCGAUCGUACAUGCGGUGGAUCCUCGCGAUCUGUACAGCUACGCGAACGAAGCCAGCGAGGUGUUGCCGCGAGGUGAUGAAGAGUUCCAGUACAUGGAUCUGGACAUGCCAGCUUACUUCUACAACGAAAAAUACGACCGUGUUUACAUCAACACCAACGGCAUCCUGUCGUUCGGUGGCGAGCUGGUCGGCUUCCUCAAUCUACCCUUCCCGCUCGGCAACCCGCUGAUCGCGCCGUUCUACGCGAACGUCGACACAACCCUGCCGAACGAUACGGCCACGAUCGUGUACUUCAAGUCGCGCGAUCCCACCCUGCUCCACCGCACGACCGAGCUGGUGCGGGACAACUUUGGCAGUCUACUGGCCCGGACCGGGGACUUCGAGGCGCUGCAGGUGUUCGUCGCGACCUGGGAGCACGUGGGACACUACAGCAUGAAGAACGAGGUGCAGAACUCGUUCCAGGUGGCGAUCAUACAGGGCGCGACGGACACGUUCGUGCAGUUCCUGUAUCCGGAGGAGGGCAUCAACUGGAUCCAGGGUGAUACCGGCGAUAGUGGCCUGCCGGAUGUGCGUGCGCAGGCCGGCUUUGCCGCGGAAGAUGAUCGUACGUUUAUGCUGCCCGGUUCCGGUACUGAUAAUGUACGCCAUUUAACGAUUUCGUCCAACAUUAAUCAACCGGGCGUGUGGUUGUAUCACGUUGGACCGCUCGCACCGGAGGGGAAUGUGGAGCAGCCGGACCGCCAGCACGCCGAACCGAGUGAACCGCGCAGCUGCGCUGAUGGUGGCCGGUACAAGUGCCAUUCGGCGGCCUCCUGUGUCAACAGCAACUGGGGCUUCUGCUGUCAGUGCAAGUCCGGCUACUACGGAAAUGGAUUCAGUUGCGUGAAGAGUGACAUUCCCCUGCGGGUCGCUGGUAAGGUGCUCGGCAAUGUGAACGGUGAGCCUCUCGACACUCAGCUCCAAUCGUACGUUGUAAUGGUGGACGGGCGUACAUACACUGCGAUCAGUCCGCUCGAGGAGCAGCUCGGCACUGAUCUCCAGCUAACGCAAAUUCUCGGUGGUACGAUCGCGUGGCUGUUCGCCAAACCCCUUGGAAAUUCCAUGAACGGUUACCAGCUGACAGGUGGCAAGUUCAACCACACCAGCACACUGCAGUUCGAGACGGGCGAGUCGUUCUACAUCACCCAACAGUACACGGGACUGAACGUGUGGGAUCAACUCGCACUGGAUGUGCAUCUGUCCGGACAGCUACCUUCCAUUCCGGCCCUUGAGAAGCUCCAUCUGGAUGACUACUCUGUCGCGUUCCGACGGUCCGGUAAGGACCGACUGCAAGCCGUCAGUGCGCACAGCUUCCGGGUGGAGUCGCAGGCACGCAACGUCAGCUACACACUGUACCAGGACAUUACGUACGAGGGAUGCUCGGGCAAUGAGGACACCAUUGCCGGAAAGGAUGAAUCGAUGCUGAAGAUUACGCGCAUCAAUCUGGGGUACGAGCCGAGGGAGCGAGCCGUCCGGAUGGGCAUGCUGUCGAAGAUGGUGAUCGGCGAUCAGUUCAACCCGUGCGAUGAGGCCAACUGUGGGGAUAAUACGGUGUGCGUGCCGAAGCCUGACGACACUUUCGAUUGUAACUGCAAGAACGGGUUCACCUACAUCCCGUACGGUACGAGCGAUCGCAUCAACUGUGUGGACAUUGACGAGUGCUCGGGCGUUAACAUCUGUGACGAGAAUGCGCAGUGCUACAACGAGCCGGGCGGCUACAUUUGCCGCUGUAAUCCGGGCUACGAGGGCAAUGGGUACGUGUGUGAUAAAGUAGUGCCGGGUGGAUACAGCCAACCAACCUCUUCGUCGUACACGGUGUCGACGCCUGCAAGCUACGGUGGGCACAGCUACAACGAAGUGGACAGUGACCCAACUCAGGAAGAGCCGGAACAGUGUGAGCGCUGUGCCGAGUUUGCCGACUGUGUUGAGGGUCAGUGCCAGUGCCGAUCGGGAUAUGAUGGCGAUGGUGUUAGCUACUGUCACUCACUGUGCGAUCCGGAAAGCGUAUGGAACGGGGAGGAGUGCGUGAAGGAGACGUACGUUGAAGAAGAGGGAAUUGAACCGUUCUGCACGAUACUGGGCUGCACGUGCCCUACCGGCUACACGCUGAUCGAGUACGCGUUCAACCAGAUCUGCCGGCGAGUUGAGCUCGACCCGGAGGAGGUCCCCCAGGAAGGUAUGCCGCCGUGCGAUGUGGAGAACAACUGUAGCCCGCAUGCAAACUGUGAGUGGCGUGACAGCUCGUACCGGCACGAAUGUAUCUGCAACCCGGGCUACGAUGGUAAUGGGUAUACGUGCGUCGAGAAGGAAGUGUCCUGUCUGGAUGAUGAGGAGAUCUGUGACAUCCAUGCGUCCUGCACGUACAUGCUGAAUCGGAAGUCGGUGUGUGUCUGCAACAAGGGGUACGAGGGUGAUGGUCGUACGUGUCAUCUCGCGCCGGAGUGUGCGGUCGAUGACGAUUGUGGCAUGAACUCGGAGUGCCAGCAGGGUGUGUGCGUGUGUCAGGAAGGGUACGAGCGGGAUCUGUCCGACUUUUGUGUGCGCGCUGGAUCGUGCGGUGGUGCGUACUGUGCGGAGAAUGCGGUUUGCGUGAUCGAUCCGGUGCAGAAGAUACCGUACUGCCACUGUCCGCAGGGUUUCGUUGGUGACGGGGUGUCGCAGUGCCGUUCCAUUCCACCGCCGUGCAAUGUGAGGAACAACUGCGGGCUGCAUGCUGCCUGUGUGCCGAGCUAUAGAGAUCCUUCCUCGUACGAGUGUAUGUGCAAUCAGGGCUUCUUUGGCGAUGGGUUCGUCUGCACACCGGAGCGCAACUGUGCCAAUAUCCCGAGCCUGUGCGAUCCGAACGCUCGCUGCGAGUCCACUACCAACGGCUACCAGUGCAUCUGUAACGAUGGCUUCAUCGGCAACGGGUCCGUCUGCAACACCGCUCACCGGCUGGACGAUGGCUUCCUGCUCAUCAGCCAGGGUGUGGCGAACAUACGCGUCCCGCUGAACGGUGGGCUCGGGUACCCCGUCACGAUGGCGUUCAUGUCGAUCGGGCUCGAUCGGGACUGUGCCGAGGGACGCAUCUACUGGAGCGACAUUGCGGCCCAGCAGAUCGUGAGCGCCAAGUACGAUGGUACCGAUCAGAAGCCGUUCAUCACGAAGGACAUCGUGUCGCCGGAGGGUGUGGCGGUCGAUUGGAUCUCGCGCCGGCUGUACUGGACCGAUUCGGCGAAGGAUACGAUCGAGGUGGCGAGCCUGGACAAUCCGGAGCAGAGGACGGUGCUGAUUUCGAAGUUUUUGGUCAAUCCGCGCGGCAUUGCGGUCGAUCCGCAUCAGACGAAGCUGUACUGGUCGGACUGGAAUCGGGAUGGGCCGAAGAUUGAGUGGUCGAAUUUGGACGGAACGGAGCGGGAGCAGCUGGUGGGUAGUCCGCAGGUAGCUCUGCCGAACAGCAUCCAGGUGUCGAUGGCGACUGGGGAGCUUUGUUACGCUGACGCGGGAACGAAGAAGGUUGAGUGUAUUGAUACGUACAGCAGACAGAUCCGCACGAUCGCCAGCAAUCUGACGUACCCGUUCGGGUUGGCCGUUACCGAUGAUUUGUUCUACUGGACGGAUUGGAUGACUAAAAAGAUCGAAAGCAUCAACCUGUACGGUGUGCGCCAGAAGCCGAUCAACUCGCCCGUAUUUGGCAACCACAAGAUGUACGGCAUGACGGCCGUCACCGACAAGUGCCCGCUGUUCCACAGCCCGUGCGUCAGCAACAAUGGUGACUGCCCGGAGGACAAGAUUUGUCUGAUCAAUCCGCGUGCCCCUUCCGGCCGUAGCUGCAAGUGUACGCGCAACUGCAACAAUGACGUCGUAUUAGACUACUAAGAAGAAUGUGUGUACUCUAGAAGGGGGAACGGCUGUUGGUUGGUUUUGUGCUUUUCUACUGUGAGCAACCUUUACAAACAGACAAUCGGCCGUGUAGUAAUGCGUGUUUUUUUGUACUUCCCCACUUUUCCCGUUUUCCUUCCUGAAAGCUGAAACAAAAAAAAGCAAUUUAUCUUGACAUACAUUAGGAUUAGCACAGAGAGAGAGAGAGAGUGGAUGAUGAUGAUGACGAAGGUUGACGAUCGCAAUCGUGCGACGAAUGUAUGCGAAAUGGUUUGUAACGUUCGCUGCUUAAGCCGACAAUAAACUCUCUAUUACUUUAA